AUGGCUUCUUCACGUGCAUUCGAAAUGCUGUGUAUAGUCCUUCUUGGACUAGGUCAGAUGUGUAUCUUUACGGGAUACGAUUCUCAGUCUUUCGUCGCCGAAUCGGUGCUGCACUCAGUGAACAGCCGCGAACCAACCCGUAUUGAUGGAUUCGCUGGAUACUACGGGCAGGCCACAUGCUAUGCUGCUUAUAUGACCGCUUGCCUGUUUGCUCCAUCAAUACUGAGAAUUUUGUCGGCGAAGUGGACUCUUUUCUUCGGCUCUGUCUGCUUUACUGUUUAUCAAAUAGGAUUUUUAUAUUUGAACAACAUCUACUACUAUACUUCAUGCGCUGUGAUGGGUAUGGGAUUUGCAUUGUACUACUGUGGUCACGGAGCAUACCUAACAUCGCAUUCCACAAAAAAGACACUCGAACAAAACUCGGCCAUAGCGUGGACGAUAGCGUGCUUAUGUAUGAUUGUUGGAAGUGGAAUAUUGGCAGGGGUUUUCUCCAUGAACACAAACCCCGUGGUUCCUGUGGAACUAUGGACGAAUGUGACCGAUAAUCUACCAAAACAUGGAGGUGCCUAUCGUCAAUUCACCGAGCACGAAAUUCGACUGAUGUACGGUGCAUUCGCCGUAGUGACCUUCUGUGCAAAUCUGAUUUUUGCUUUUACACCAUCACAAGAAAUGAGUAGGUGGUUCUCCAAUCUGAUUCGAAAUAUCUUUAUCGACAAACGAAUGAUUAUUCUGACGCCUCUGUUCAUUCAUCUAGGACUCUACACCUCAUUUUGGGUGUCCGUUUAUCCAACUUCAUUGGUAUUCACCAAAUCCCUUUCUGCACAUAUUUAUCUACCAGCUUACUAUAGUGCAGCUGUUGGUAUCGGAGAGGUUGCCAUGGGAGUGAUCAUCAGCACGAUGUCCAAGCGAAUCAAAGGAUUCGGUCUUGAACCAACCAUGUUCAUCGCAUUUGGCCUCACCACUUGCCUAAUGACAGUUAUUCUGAUGUCAGUACCAAAAUGGGCAACGGUUCGGCUUACAGAUGAACCGUCGUGGAUUAUUCAACCACAUGUGCUUUUGUCAACGGUCAUUGCAUUCUUUAUUGGCAUGGCGGAUUCAUGUGUGAAUAACCUCAGAAAUAUAAUUUGUGCAUUGGCACUACCUGACAAAAGAGCUCAAGCUUUCGCUAUUUCGAAGUUUUAUCAGGUUUGCCGAAUACUUAAAUCUCUGGCAGGUUAUGGAUGGAUAUCAAUUUUUAGGGUUGGAAAGUAG